AUGGAUGAUAAAAGUUAUAAAUUAUGGCAUGGUUUUAUAGAAUCUAAGAUUAGAGUGCUUGCUACUAAGCUUGAAACAAUUGGAGAUAUUGAGGGUGCAAUUCCUUUGCCUAAAGCUUUUAAAAUUGAUAAUACAAGUACUUUCUUUAUUGGUAUAGAUGUGUUGAAAUUUAAGAAUACAACAAGACGUGUGUUUGGUGAUAUUCCUGUUAGGGAAUUUAUUGAAUUUGUAUGUGAAUGGAGUGAGAAAAGUUCAGAUAUGAAAAUAGAAAUUAACACUGCUAAAAGACAUGAUAUAAAAGAAUUUUUAAGAAAUUAUUUAAAAAAAUAA